UCUAGCUUGCAAGUGACCUAUAUUGAAACAUACACCCCACCGCAAAGUAUUGAGUUUCCAGAGGAGGAGCAGCUAUCACACUUCGGGGUCACUUUACACAUUCCCUUUCUUUCUGGCUGUGUUGCACUGCACAGGAGAAAUAAAGAAGCCAAGAUGAUGCAAAUGUAUUUCUACUUCUCUGACAAGGUGGUACUUUUGUUUGACUUCUGGAAUGUCCACACCCCUGCAGGGAUGGUGCUCUCGGUGCUGGUGGUUCUGCUGCUAGCGGCAUUGUACGAAGUCAUCAAGAUCAGCAAAACCAAACUCCUUCGCCAGACGAUACUGGCCAUCCCCGCCACCCUCAGUCAGGAGUCACUCGGGCAGCCGGAGACAGGGUCUGUCAACUCCAACCUGGGUCAGCAAAACACCACCUCAAAAAGGUGGUUUCUUUCCCACAUCAGCCAGAGCCUGCUCCACGUGGCCCAGGUGGUGAUCGGUUACCUGGUGAUGCUGGUGGUGAUGUCCUACAACACUUGGAUCUUCCUGGGGGUGAUCGUGGGUUCCGCCCUGGGUUUCUACCUGGCUUACCCGGUGUUCAACGCAAGAUAGCGGUGGCCUGCUGCACUCCAGGGCAACAUCUGCAGUGGGAGGAGGACUAAGGAGGCUCUACUAGAGAAAAUUCUUGUGCAAGACUUGGCCUGGAGCUGGCAGGAGAUAAUCCCCACGCAACGGGGGACGCCCCCCAUUCUCCCACCCUGGGGGGGAUUGAGUUUCUUCCUUUUCAACCUAGCGUGGGCUCCCCUUCUAUACAAUUAUCCAUUUUCAAGAUCGCUUUUGGACCCUUUCUGCUGGGCAGGCCCUCAUCGUCCUGGCCAAGCAGGGCACGGCCCCACAAGGAGCUAAACUGGGCCACGGGCUGCGAACCAAGCAGCUCACCCUUACAGCCGCCAUCUCCAAUGACUUUGAACCCACCCUCAGUUCUCACUCAGGAACCCCAGGAGCCUUUCCCUGCUGACUGGAGGAGCAAGGGGGCUUGGGCCGUGGGCACUGCCACCCUCGCCUGGGGACUGACAGAGCGGGCGGACGUGUUACAGGCUACGCCCAUCAGCGGGUGCUGGAGGGAUGGGAAUGCCAGGGGAUAGACUGGGGUUAUUUUACCCUCCCUCACAGGUUGUUCAUUUUCCUGGCUGGCCCCCCUAACGGCUCUGUUCCCCACUCCCUGCUGCUUGGGGGCAGGAGGAAACUAACUCUCAAUGUGCUCGUGCUGGUCUCUGACCUUAAGGGGACGCUCCCCUCACACUGUGCCUUCUGUGUUCCCAACAGAGCAAAGCCGCACGGCAGCGCCCUCUGGCUAGCGCAGGGGGUGGGCAGAGCUUGACCACCCUCCUGCUGCUGGAGCAUAAGGGAGUCAGUCAGUUGGUUUAACCGUCUUGCGCGUGCCAUGGCUCGGUUGCUUUGGAAACCAGGAUGCACCAGGGGCUGGUGUGUCUCACAGGAUCCUGUUGUAGUUCAUGCCAAAAGAAGGACCAGUUUUAAUAAAGCUAAUUGGGCGUGUGUGUGUGUGUGUGUGUGUGCGCGCGCACCUGAUCAUGGGAGAAGCUGCUGGCCUCUCAUAAGGCUGAAAGAUAACGUGUAAAUAGAUGGUGCUGAUCAAAAAUCAGGCUCCCCAAGGGCCAGCCAUUCCCCUGUGGCAAGGGACUGCUCAGAACGCUGCAAGGGAUGCAGUCAAGAGCAAACAAAGAUUUCAACAUUUUUAGUAUAAAUUCACUAAAUUUCUAAAAGAAAAGUCAUUUUGAAAACGUUGAAAGGGAUUUUUUGACAACUGCUCAGCUCUCUGCACAUCAGGCACAAGCCCUCUUGGGCCUGCACAGCCCAGAGUUGUACAUGGACAAAAAAAUAAAUUAUUCUAUUGAAGGUUUAACAGUUAGAAACUUGAGUUCUUAAUUCACCAGCCUCGUCUUCCCAGUGUGGGGACUAUAUGCUGAUGGGGAGACUUUAUGAACAAGAACACAAGACCACCUAGCCCUUAGGUACCACUUUUUUCUCAAUAGAUCUUAAAGUGCUGUAUCAAGGAGGUCAGUAUCACUGUCCCCAUUCUACAGAUAAAAAAACCGAGGCACAGAGCAGGGACAGUCGACCAGCAGGCUGGUAGCUGAGUCAGGAUUAGAACCCAAGUCUCUCGAAUCCCAGUGCAGUUUGCUAAGUGAUAUCCCAGCUGAACACACACCAUGUUAAGAAGCCAUUCACUGACCUUAGCCAGCCAGAUAGCACUGCCAGGGAGGUCACCCUGGCCAGUUACCCUCAUUACAAUUAAGUCCUAGGUUCCCACCAUCACAUGGAAUGUCCCAGAGCUCACAAUUUUCACUAACAGUGAAGGAGAGAUGGUCUACUUAAGCCACGGGACAGGGACUCAGGAGAUGUGGAUUCAGUUCCUGGUUCCAUCAUUGUUUUUUUGUAUACCCCUCGUCUUUCUGUGCUUCACUUCCCUGUCUGUAAAGUGGGAACACUGCCACCCCAUUUUUCCCCACCCUUUUCUCUUAUGUAUUUACGCUGGAUGCUCUUUGGGG